AGUAAUAAUAUUUAUUCUUUAAUAAGUCAAAAUUUUGGUGCAUUUUUAUUUUUAAUUAUUGCAAUAUUAAUAUCCAUAUAUUUCUUUGUUUCUAGUAAUAAUAAUAAUACUAAUAAAACUAUGACAAAACUAAAAGUUGGAGACACCGCACCAUCAUUCAAAGAUAUCCCAGAUGGUAAAGGUAAUUUACAUUCUCUCGAAAACUAUGCAGGUAAAAUUUUAGUAUUGUAUUUUUAUCCAAAAUCAUUUACACCAGGAUGCACUAAACAAGCUUGUGAAUUUAGAGAUAAAUAUGAAGCAUUCAGCGAAGCUGGUGCAGUUGUUAUUGGUGUCAGUUCAGAUAGUCAAGAUUCACAAUCAAAAUUCCAAGAUAAAUAUCGUUUACCAUUUCCAAUUUUAUCGGAUAAUAAAGGAGAACUUGCUAAAUUAUAUGGUGUCGAAAAGGAAUUAUUAAUUUUACCAGGUCGUACAACCUUUAUUAUCGAUAAAGAUCAAAAAAUUGCCCAUACUUAUACAAAUAUGUUUAAAGCAACUUCCCACAUUGAUGAAUCUUUAAAAAUUAUAGAAAAACUCAAAUAAUAAAUUUUCAAACUAAUAAAAAAAUAAACUAUAAAUUUUUUUAAAUUC